CAUCUACCUCAAACAAUAAUUCACAAUAUCCCGAGAUACCCCAUUUCUUCUACUUGCUCUAGCUUGCAGGGCUGAAGGGCUUUUUUUGUGCGAUGCAACUCACAGAUAAGUCAUAUAACCAUGCUCCUUCCCGUUUUGUUAUUCUUUUCUCCUCUUCUUUGUCAUAUCUCCGAUUUGUAUUCGAUUUCUCUCUCUGGCAAAGAGUAGUAGGUAGUCCACUCUUUUUUCUCCUCUCUCGCCGCGAUUUUUCCGCAAUCCAAGGGUCUCCUGGUGUAGCCCGUCCACUCCUUUGAAAAAUAUAUUCAGUCAAUAUAAUCAUUACACCAUCUUUCGUCCAUCACAUCACACUUCGUCAUCAUCAACACUACAGACCGAUUGUAUUAGCUCAGGAAGGCUCGAAAGUAUCCAUUCAAGAUCAUAUCCCAGGAAUAAGCCAUGUCGAAGAAUCUUACUAGGUCGAAGUCGGUGAUGGACCGUUUUAGAGGUCGAGGCGCACAACAUGUUACGGAUGAUAUACCGCCGCCCAAGAUGAGAGAUACGAAUAAAUUUCAAAAAUUCGAAUCCAGACGUGAAGAUCAGCAUAGACUUCCCGAAAGACCAUCUACAUCGGGUGGAACCAAAAAACCAAAAGGGAAUGCUCUUAAGAGGGCUAAUACUGUCAAGAGGGAAACACGGGAUGAUCUAUUCUUCAAUCCACUCAGAGCUCAUGGGAUAGAUGGCUCUACUUUUUAUGACUUCCCUUUACCUUCUACUCGGCCGCCAUCUUCACCAAUCGUACCAAAAGGGAUAGAUGGGCCUGAUUUUAAUACCUUUUCUUUACCUUCUACUCGGUUACCGCCUUCACCAAUCGUACCAAAUGGGAUAGAUGGGCCUGGUUUUAAUACCUUUCCUUUACCUUCUACUCGGCCGCCGCCUUCACCAAUCGUACCAAAAGGGAUAGACGAACCUACUUUGAAUAACUUUCCUUUACCUUCUAAUCGAACCCCACCUUCACCUGUCGUACCAAAAGUGAUAGAACCUUUACCGCGACCCAAAAGUCCUGAUUCUAUCAAGACAAGUGAAACCCUUCAUCCUAACGUUUGUGAAGUCGAGAUUGGUAUGGCACUUGGAAGCCCUUCUCAUCCACCAGAGUACAUGCAACAACGAGAUCAACAGUCUUACGAAGUAGAAACACCAAGUACUCCUCAUCCAAUUGACGAUAUGUCUUUCAAUGCCGAUUGUGUUGAUGCUAAGAAGCAAAAGAAGGGACGGAAGUGGUUUGGAUUAUUUGGGAGUAAGAAGGAAAAGACAGCGACUCCAUUCUAUCAAGUUAAACCUGAGUCACAGCAAGAAAUACCAAUGAGCGGUCCUUCUUCACCAAAGGCCGAGCGUGGUAGAUCUCGUGGUCGUUCAACUUCAAGUACAACUAGAAAGAAACCUGAUAUGAAAAGAGCGCAAACGGCACCUAUGCCAUUCACGACACCUGAUUUACAGUUUCCAUUCCAAGCUUCAUCUUUAUCAAUUAUUCAUGCUUCAACUUUAACAACUAUCGAAACUUCAGACUCAACAAGUAUCCAAGCUUCAUCGUCGACAACUAUUCAAGCUUCUACUUCAACAACCAUUCAAGCAGGAACUCCAGAUAUUCGUGUUCAAGAAUCUAUUGAAGUAGAAGUUCUACAAUCAAAUCCGAAAGCAUUGCUCGAGAGACCAAAGCUUGAUCUGGCACUUCCUACGGCAGAAAUGGAAAGAUAUAGUGUUAUGUUUGGGGAAAUCUUACAAAAUCCUUCGAUUAUCACUCCCUCAUUACUUCAAAGACGUCAAGCAACACUUAAUAGACUUAAGAGUGAGGAAGAAGCACUCGCUAAAACGGUUUGUAUUCUUUCUAGUGCAUUUAAAAUACGCUAAUAAUCCAAAUUAGGAAGCAGAAAUUGAGGUCCGUACAAAGGCACUGUCGAAACGUAGGGGUACCUCACCAGAACCAAAUCAUAACAACUCAUCAUUCUCUCUCUUUCCAAAUACACCCUCAAGACAAGGCCAUCAUGAAAACUCACCAGCACGAGAAAGGUCGCAGCUAAAUAGAUCUAACACCACUCCCGCUUACCUCUCACCUAAUAGACCCUCAUUUGCGACAGGUUUAGGAAAUGAUAGACACGCAGAUCUUGUAUCUGAUGACGAAACGCUUACCUGUCGUCAGGGAAAUGAACAUCAAGGUACUUUUUCGAGUGCGUCUACCAAGAAACCAAGCAAUCGAUCGAGGAGAUCAUCAUCGAGCUCUCCAAAGCCAAGACCACAAAUUCACAUGGCACGUACUUGGUCACCAGAUAAAUCCCAACCUUUUUCACCAUCCUCCGCGGAAGACUCAGAGGCAGAUGCAGGUUUCACAAAUUGUCAAAGAAAAGAUGUUUUAUAUAGCGCGUCACCAUUAACAGCAACGAAAUCAAGAUUCGAUGAAAAGGGGUCAACAUGGCAGAUGAUAAAUUCCAAAAAACAAAAUCAUCAAGGACCAUCAUCGGUAUCUGGAUCAACGACAAGUGAGGCUAGCACUGUUUCAUCAUCACACUCUAAUUCAUCAUUUUCGAGUGUACCGGGUGGUUUAAUUACUAUUUCAAUGCCAAUGCCUGGGCAAGAAAACAUGAGAGAAACAGGUUCAAUGAAAACAUCGACAAACGACCAAGCUCCGCGAGAUCCCAAAGAGAUGAAAAUCCCCAUCAAAUAUACACCUGGACCACGACCAAUAAUCUCAUCAUUCAACACUACAACUCGAUCCUCAGAUUCCGCACCUCGGCCUCCUCUCAAAUCUCCAAUGUUAGAAAGCCAAGGCCUUAGACCUAGGCCCUCGAUUCAAAGGUCAGCUUCAACCGCAUCCCCUGUCACCAUCUUACCUCGUCCUCCACUUCGAAUAUCUUCUAUGGCAUCAAGCAACAACUCUUCAACCAGCAUCUCCACACCACGUAAAAUUCCUCUCCCAGUUUCUCCGCGUCCGCAUCCUCAUCGCUUCAUCGCAACUCCGGUCUCAUCUCCGCAACCAGAACCCUCCUACAUUUCUCAUCAAAAACAAGAAUCCACCUACUCUAUAACCCCAUCACUUCUCGACAUUCAAAUAGAUGACCACCUCGAAGUCCCAGGCGCUCGUUCUCGCGAUCCCGAACAAAAACGUCUCGAAUCAGCAGCCGGUGUCUCAAUCGCACGUCAAAUUUCCGUUUCACGUCAACAACGUCAAUUACUCAUUCCCAUCAAAACUAGUGGUACAAUAUCCAGAAAAAACCCCUGCGAUAGGUCUCCGGGACUGAAGAGUCCUUUUGAUAGACAGAGUGAACGAAGUCCUAUUUCUGCUGGAUUUGGAGCUAGGAGGAUAAUGACAGGUGGAGAUGCUAGUGAAAAAAAGGAUUCACCGUUAGAAAACUUCACGGGAUCAAGUCUUCCUGGGGGAUUAUUGUCAAAUCAGAAUGGGAGUGAUGUGCGCGGAAUUCGUAUCCCAAUCAGUCAUCCACGUGGAAGAACAGAAAUCCAACAAUCUUCUAAACCCUCAACUCCGACUCUGAUGGUUGUCCCAGACGUAGAAGAACAAUGGGGUACAGGAAAUUCGAAUGGAUUGAUGAGUAGUAGAGAUAAAGUGGAAGCAAUGAUGAAAGGAAGUAGAGGGAGUCCAGCGAUAGGGAAUAGUGAGUGGGAGGAAAAAAGGAUGAAAAUGAAUGUUAGUCCGAGGACGGAAAUGGGGAGUGAAAAUCAAAAAUAGGAGGAACGAGAGAGUGGUUGUUGGGGAGGUUUAAGUUCGACCUGAUGGGGUUUUGAUUCGAGGAUAUAUUUGAUAAUGUUCUCUUUCCUUCCUUCUGUUCUUUAGAAGGAAUGGCAGAGAGAAGGAUUGCACGUCCACGUUUACAUCGCGGAAUGGCAUAACAUG